AUGGGUAAUAUUUUAGGAUCAAGAAAAAAAUUACCAAAAGAAGAUUUAGAAUUUUUAAGAACGAAUACAAAUUUUACAAAAAAACAAAUUAAACAAUGGUAUCGUGGAUUUAUAAGAGAUUGUCCUUCUGGUCAAUUAAGUAAAAAGAAAUUUAUUGAAGUAUAUUCUGGAUUUUUUCCUGAUGGUGAUGCUGAAGAAUUUUGUACACAUGUAUUUCGAACAUUCGAUAAAGAUAAUUCUGGAAAAAUUGAUUUUAAAGAAUUUCUAUUAGCAAUUAAUAUUACAUCAGGUGGUAAACCAGAAGAGAAACUUGAAUGGGCAUUUCAAAUGUAUGAUAUUAAUGGUAAUGGAACUAUUGAAAAGCAUGAAAUGGUUGAAAUUAUUAAAGCAAUUUACAGUAUGCUAGGUGCUGAUGAAUCAACUGUUGAUUUAAGUCCUGAAGCGCGUACAGAUGAAAUAUUUGAAAAAAUGGAUAGUAACUCUGAUGGAGUUUUAACAAGAGAAGAAUUUAUGGAUGGUUGUAUGGCAGAUAAACAACUUUAUUCUAUGUUACUCGCUGAUGAACCAGCUGAAUAGUUAUUUUUUAAAAAAAAGAAGCAAAACUACACAAAAUUUCAAACUGAAUCAAUCCAUUUUGUAUCCCUAACUACUACUAUUGGAAAUCUUGUCAUGUUCUACCUUUUUAAAAAAUUUUUUUAUUUAUUUGUGUAUAUCUGUGUAUCUGUAUUGGUCGUAGAGAUAAAAACACCAACUUAUAACUAAAACAUUAAUCAUUUUGAAGAAGAAGAAAAACAAACAACAGGAAACUAAACAAACAAUUAAUUGUAUUCGUAGAACAAAUCAACUAAUCAUGAAUGGGAAUGGUCAUUUCUCAAAUUGAUUUUCUUCUCAUUUUGGCAACAGUAUACAUCUUUUGUUUUUUUGUUUUUUUAUUUUUAAAAAAAAGACUCCUGUAUUCUUUAUCGACUGCUAACUUAUUAUAUAUAAUUGAAGAAAUUGUAAAACAAUACAUCCCCCCCCUUUCUAUACGUAUAUAUAUAUAUGUGGGGGGGGGGGAAUACCAGUCUCUUUUUUUCCGUGAAAACAAAAAAACCCCGUUUAAUUCUUGUUUCAGAAUAGAUAAACAAAACAAAUGAAUGAUUGAUUGUUCUAUUAGUAGUAGUAUUAGUAGUAUAUGGUUUAUUUGUUAUUUUACUUUUGUAAAAAGAAUUCAAAAUAUUUCUAAAAAGUGUAUUGUAUAUUGUGAAAUAUUAAUAUAAACUAUUAUUAUUAUUAUUAUUACAGUUAUGAAUUAAUAUCAGCAUUGUUUUGCUAUAACGCUUAUCAUUCAUUAAUAUAUCUUGAAGC